AUGCGAUUAUUAGACGGACUGGCGGUCUUGGGGAUUUUCAUAUCGGUAGGGCCCAACGAUAAUGAGUUUUUUCAGCCGCUUGUUGGACAGCUAGACGAGGUUAUCACGGCUCAAUCAGAAACCAUUUUAACGAACUUGGUUCCGUUCAAAAAUCUGCUGCCCAAACAAACCACGUCAUUUUAUCGCUACAGUGGCUCGCUGACUACUCCCAUCUGCAACGAGAUCGUAAUUUGGACGGUUUUUGACAACCCGAUUCAGAUUUCUGAGAAACAGUUGGCUAAAUUCAGGAAACUUGAAGAUAAUACAGCCAAGAGCCUAGUGGAUAAUUUCCGGCCUGCACAGCAGUUGAACGGCCGGAUUAAAUUUUAUCGGUCUUUCACCGGAUGCGAAAUCCCUCGAUCGUGGCCCAUCACUUCGACACCAUUCCUGGAUGCGUUCACAUGGACCACUUGCCUAAUCAAUUUUACCUUCUCGCCGUGGCAGUAAACAAAACGAACAUUUUUAUCGAUAUUAGAGCACACCGUCUUAUAGAUGAGGCGUAUAGAUUGCCAUUAUUUAAAAAAGAAAUUAUAAACUUAUAACUUAUAUAUGUAUGGAAUCUUCUAGCUCAUUCAAUAAAUAGA